UCUCAGACUUGCCGAUUGGAAAAGCCGGAACGAACAAGUAUAAUUCGAUUCUGCAAGGUUUGUUUUCCAUCUUCAUGUAAUUGCAAGAGAUUACUUAGCAGAAUCAACGAGGAUAGUGACAAGAGAUUGAGUUAAUUGUUAUUGUUAUUGUGAUUGUGAUUUGUGAUUGUGAUUGAGAUUGAGAUUGUUCACGUGAAGUUUGUGAAUAUGCCGCACCGUACGACUUACUUUUUUCCGAGGCAUUUUCCGGACAAUGAAUCCGAAUCCUCCUCAACAAAGUUUGUAAAGGAUCACGAGAAUAUAACCGCACAGACGAACUUUAAUGACGAUAGUGACUUUAAUAAUCGGAAGAUUUCUUCGAACGAGAUCGGGGGAAAAGGAAAGAGUAUUUCCACGGAUGAUCUUUCCACGGGCGACAAAGUUCACGAAAAGCAUCGGUCCGCAUUCGUGAAUUGGUUGGACGAUAGGAAAGUUCAGAAAUCUGGUCACGUGAAAAUAAGGUUGGAACGUAGCGACGAUAGCGAUGGAAAUAAUGAACAAGAGCCUCUUAUGCCUCCAGAGUUACCAUGUAUAAUUAAUGAUUCAUUAAUUCCGUCAACGAGGACGACGGAUGUCAGUCGUCGGGAGGAGACUGGUGCUAGCUAUGCGGCUUCAUCUAGGGGACAGAGUACUAGUUGCACGGGGUUACCGUCUUCAUCUUCAGCGCAUGAAAUCUCCACCAGUUUUGAACCGCCAUUGGAUUGGAAUUUAUGCAGUAAUGGGGGAAGUCUGUUUUCGGGGACAACAUUGGAUUGGAAUUCUUCCAGCGGCAUUAAAGGGGAUGAAGACAACAAGAGAGUGACCUUGAUGCAGAAGUCGCGAGAGAGCUACUGCUUGCAGCUCAAUUUCGCCCGAAGGUUAUCGGAUGAAUCCUCACUUUCCGGUGAAUCAUUGCUCCUUCAAGAUUUUUGCGGACCAGGUGUGGUUGGAGUUCUUUGUAAAGCAGAGACAGUCUCCUAUCGGCUAUGGAUCAGUGGAUGCUUAUCAUAUUCUGAUAGGAUCUCAGAUGGAUUCUAUAACAUUUUAGGAAUGAAUCCAUAUCUAUGGGUAAUGUGCAAUGAAUAUGAAGAAGGUAGGCGUCUGCCAUCUUUAACAGAACUUAAAGCUGUUGAACCAAGUGAUUCAUUAAUGGAGGUAGUUCUUGUUGAUACAAAUGGAGAUUCCCGUCUUAGGGAGCUAGAAGAUAAGGCACAAGAGCUGUAUUUUGCUUCAGAAAAUUCUUCUAUGUUGGUGGAGAAACUUGGGAAGCUUGUCGCUAAUUAUAUGGGGGGCUCUUUUCCUGUGGAACAAGAUGAUCUAAAUUCCCGGUGGAGAUCGGUUAGUCAGAGACUAAUGGACCUCCAGAAGUGCAUUGUGCUGCCAAUUGGCAGCUUGACCUCGGGGAUAUGUAGGCAUCGUGCUAUACUUUUCAAGAAAUUGGCAGAUUAUGUAGGCUUACCAUGUAGAAUAGCCCGGGGUUGCAUGUACUGUGUAGCUGACCAUCGUUCUUCCUGCCUUGUUAAGAUUGAGGAUGGAAGAAAGAUUUCCAGGGAGUAUGUAGUUGAUCUAGUUGGUGAACCUGGGAACAUCCAUGCUCCAGGUUCCUCGAUUAAUGGAGGAGCUCGUUUAUCGCCAUCACCAUUUCGAGUUUCUCACCUUACAGAAUUUCAACAUCCCUCUGUGGAUAAUGUAUCAUAUCAUCAAAUCCUGAGCUCAGAGCAUGGAUGCACUAUGGAAAAUUCUCCAUACUCAGGCAGACAAGAAGGUUCCCAGCAUACACAGAGUGUUAACUUACAGGAGAACCCAAACAAAGUUGCUCUAUGCCAGAGUAAUGAUCUCUGCAUAAGAAGUUCAUCCAGAAUUAAGGAAUCUGGUGUGGUUGAAUCAUCGGUAGAUGGAUACUUGGGACCUAGUCUAGAAAAUACAGUUCUACAAACGGAGAUUCUCUCGACUGAAAGUUCAUCAACUGUUGCGACAACAGCACAACCUGAACUGACCAAUUGUUUACCAAGAUACUUGAACCUCGAACCUUCUCUUGCAAUGGAUUGGCUUGAAAUCUCCUGGGAUGACUUGCACAUCAAGGAACGAGUUGGAGCUGGUUCUUUUGGAACAGUGCAUCGAGCAGACUGGCAUGGAUCGGAUGUUGCUGUGAAAGUGCUAACAGUUCAGGAUUUUCAAGAUGACCAGCUAAAGGAAUUUUUAAGAGAGGUUGCAAUAAUGAAACGAGUUCGGCAUCCAAAUGUGGUUCUCUUCAUGGGUGCUGUAACGAAGCGUCCACAUUUAUCCAUAGUGACUGAAUAUCUUCCUAGGGGUAGCUUGUUCCGUCUGUUUCAUCGCCCUUCUGGCCCUGGUGGUGAUAUAUUGGAUCAAAGGCGGAGACUACGCAUGGCUUUGGAUGUGGCAAAGGGUAUUAACUAUCUUCAUUGCCUUAACCCACCUGUAUUGCAUUGGGAUCUGAAAUCCCCAAAUUUGUUGGUUGAUAAGAACUGGACCGUAAAGGUAUGUGAUUUUGGGUUGUCUAGAUUCAAAGCCAACACAUUCAUAUCAUCAAAAUCUGUGGCUGGAACGCCGGAGUGGAUGGCACCUGAGUUCCUUCGCGGUGAGCCCUCAAACGAAAAGUCUGAUGUAUACAGCUUUGGAGUGGUCCUUUGGGAACUUGUGACAAUGCAACAACCUUGGAACGGGCUUAGCCCUGCUCAGGUGGUUGGAGCAAUUGCUUUCCAGAAUCGAAGGCUGACAAUCCCACCCAAUACGUCGCCUAUAUUGUCUUCACUGAUGGAAUCUUGUUGGGAUGACGAGGCAAGUAUGCGGCCAACGUUUGGGAAGAUCGUGGAGACGCUAAAGAAGAUGUUAAAGUCUCCUUUGCAAUUGAUGCAGAUGGGAGGGCCAAUAAUAACUAAAUAAAGUAUGUAAUCUCUCUUCCUACUCAACUAAUUAAUCAUUCUUUUUAGUUGAAGAAGAAACUUGUUACCUGCUACAUGCAAUUGUAAAAGCAGAAUAAGUGGUUACUGGUUAGGCAUCAUUAUCAUAGCAAUAAUAAUAAUUAUAAUAAUAAUUCAAGUAUUUUUUUCUUUCUUUCU